AUGGGAUACACUGACCCUUCGUCAAGCAGGGAUUUGUUGGGAAACAGAACUUUGUUCUUCAUAUUCAUCUGCGCCUUUGCCGUGGUCACCUUGCUGCAGCAGAUCCUCUAUGGGAGAAACUAUCUCAAAAGAGGGCUGCAGUUUAGCUGGCAGAAUGGAGAGGAAUUGGCAAAUUGGACCGGCACCUUUAAUUUCACGGAUGACGGAGCAGUGAAGAGUGGCAGUGACACAGGCACCAGGUAUUUUGAGUUUUAUGAAGGGCCUUUGGAGUACAACUCUACCAAAUGCCUGGAAUUACGGCAGGACAUCAUUGAGGUGAAGGUUUUGUCUAUGGUGAAACAAACGGAAUUGUUUGACAGAUGGAAGAGCCUACAGAUGUGCAAAUGGGAGAUGAAUGUCACAGAAGCUAAUUUAUUCAAGUCUACUUUGUCGAGGUGUUGCAAUGCCCCUGCCUUUCUGUUCACCACCCAGAAAAAUACUCCCUUGGGAACUAAACUGAAAUACGAAGUGGAUACUAGUGGAAUCUUCCAUAUCAACCAAGAAAUCUUCAAAAUGUUUCCAAAGGAUAUGCCGUACCACCGCUCCCAGUUUAAGAAAUGUGCAGUGGUUGGGAACGGAGGAAUUCUGAAGAACAGCAGAUGUGGCCGGGAGAUUGACAGUGCAGACUUCGUGUUUCGAUGCAAUUUGCCUCCUAUAUCUGAGAAAUACUUCACGGACGUUGGGGUAAAGACGGAUGUCGUGACUGUCAAUCCCAGUAUAAUUACUGAGAGAUUUCAUAAGCUGGAAAAAUGGAGGAAACCCUUCUACGACGUGCUCCAGGUCUACGAGAACGCUUCCGUGCUGCUGCCAGCUUUCUACAACACUCGCAACACGGACGUCUCAAUCCGGGUCAAAUAUGUCCUGGAUGAUUUUGAAUCUCAGCAAGCUGUUUAUUAUUUUCAUCCCCAGUAUCUCAUCAACGUCUCACGCUACUGGCUCGGCCAAGGGGUGCGGGCCAAGCGGAUUAGCACUGGACUGAUCCUGGUGACUGCUGCCCUGGAGCUCUGUGAAGAAGUCCACCUUUUUGGCUUUUGGGCCUUCCCCAUGAACCCCUCAGGGAUUUUUAUAACUCACCACUACUAUGACAAUGUGAAACCUCGCCCUGGUUUUCACGCUAUGCCCUCAGAAAUCUUCAACUUCCUCCACAUGCACAGCAAGGGGAUCCUGCGGGUUCAUACAGGGACCUUUUAUGAGGUGGUGACAGUGACAGGAGAUGUCCGGGGAGCAGGAACCGACGCCAACGUCUUUGUUACUCUCUUUGGAGAGCUUGGGAUUACUCCCAAGACUCAUCUCACAAGCAAACAUCCCAACGAAGUUAUGAAGCUGAAUACCGUUUCUCUUGAUUUAACAGAGAAGGAAACCGAGGCAAGGAAGUAA